CGAGACCAGCGUGUGGGGGUGGCGGGGUGGGGGGCGUAGCGGGGCCGCAGCCGGGGGAGACGGGCUGGCGAGGGAAGGAGGCGGCGGCGGAGAAGGAGGAGCGGUUUCACUCGGAAUACUCGGAAUACCAGACUCUGCAGGGCAGAAAGCCAACAGCUAACAACCUGGAGUGAAUUCAGGGAAAGUCACCAGGAGCACAAAGGGCCUGGAAACGGGUCCUUUGAAGACAAGUGAAAAGUCCUGGGUAACCGGAGCGCUACCCCCCGCCGGGUGAAACCGCCAAAGAUGUCGAAAGAGGAAGAAAAAGUUAAUUUGCGUCGCCUCGAGCCCGCUAUCCAGAAGUUUAUUAAAGUUGCCAUUCCCACAGAUCUGGAGCGGUUAAGGAAACAUCAGAUCAAUAUUGAGAAGUACCAGAGGUGCAGGCUGUGGGACAAACUGCACGAAGAACAUAUCAAUGCCGGCCGUACCGUUCAGCAGCUGCGAGCAAAUAUCCGAGAGAUGGAGAACCUUUGCGCCCGAGUCCGGAAGGAAGAUAUUCUGACUCUGCAGAGAAUGAUUGACCCCGUGAAGGAAGAGGCUUCGUUGGCCAUCCAAGAAUUUUUGCAGCUGCAUUCGGAGUCGGCCGAAGUGCUGAAAAGACAGUUCAGAGAGCAGGAGGCUGCUUUGACCCGCUCCACCACCCUCGGAACUGAAACUUUCUCUAAUGCCGAAGGUGGAGAAAAUUCCCUCAGCCAGAUUUUUGCUCCGUUACCUGAAAUCCCCCAGGACCAAAAUGCUGCAGAAUCCUGGGAAGUGUUAGAAGAAGAUCUGAUUGAACUCAGCACUCUGGUGACCGAGUUCUCUCUGCUUGUUAAUACUCAGCAGGAGAAGGUCGACCGGAUCGAAGAGAACGUCUGCACUGCCGUUACGAACGUGGAAGAGGGGACCCGAAGUUUAUCCAAGGCUGCAACGUACAAGCUGGCCGCUCUUCCGGUGGCUGGUGCCCUCCUGGGGGGAAUCGUGGGGGGGCCGAUCGGGCUCCUGGCUGGCUUUAAGGUGGCCGGACUGGCGGCCGCUUUGGGCGGCGGCGUGCUGGGCUUCACGGGCGGAAAACUCAUCCAGAGGAAGAAGCGGAAGAUGCUCAAGGAUUUGUCCUCUUCCAGCUGCCCGGAUCUGCCCAGGCAGAAUGAACAAGGGGGCAGCUGAGGGCGGGACCCUCAAGCAGUCCCGGCUGGCAUCACGGUUGCCCGCCUGGACAGGUGUCUUCUUCUCCUGCUGGAAACGUUUCCUGUUGAGAAUGUGAAAGGGACAAAAGUCACCCUGGAAAACUUUCUGACUCGCACCAGGGAGAAGGCAAGCGUGGCACGUUUUGGCACACCUCACCUGCAGCGUGGAAAGGUGCACACCUAAGGAAUGUCUCCACCUGUUUUUCCUUCCUCCUUCAGGGACUGUUACAGUCUUCACCAAAUGCCUUUUUUCCCAGGUUAAAAACGGGAAGGAAGCCCAGGUAGCCUUUCUAGUCUCUGGAUGCUUCUGUUCUUCUCGAGCGCACAAAUCCUGUUUUUUUUUUUUACACCUGUCGGUUUUAAGUGCUUCUGGCUUCUUGGUGGCUGAAUCGGUUUGCGGAGGCAGAUUUGGGCUCCUGGCGGGAAGAGACCUGCUGAGGUCAGGUGAAGAGGUGCGGAGAGAUCUCGCCUUGCGGGGGGGGGGGGGGUUGGUUUGCAAAUUUUAAUUUUUCCGGACUGGAAAGUUGGUUUCUACCUCUCGUUUUUAAAGUGCCACGGUCAAGAAUAGUCAGAAGAGGCUGUUAUGGGGAGAUGCUCUACUUGUUACUUAUCAGAUGUCUGGAACAGUUUUUCUCAACCGUGGUAACUUUCAGAUGAGUGGACUUCGACUCCCAGAAUUCCUGAGUCAUCAAGGAAUUCUGGGAGUUGAAGUCCACUCAUCUGAAAGUUGUCCAAUUGAUUGGACAAUGCUGGGAGUUGAAGUCCGCAUGUCUGAAAAGGGAGAAACAUUGCUCUAGAACAGAGGUGGGGAAUGAUGGGCUCUUUAUGAUGUGUGGACUUCGACUCCCAGCAUUCCUGAGUCAGCAAGGAAUUCUGGGAGUUGAAGUCCGCAGGUCAAAAAAGCCAUCAUUCCCCACCCUUGCUCUAGACUAUCAAGACGAGUUACUCAGACAAAAAUUAUUUGCUUUUAGUUAUUAAUUAUUAGUUCCAUGCUAGCUUGACAUCUAAAGGUGGAAACGAUCAGUUUGCAAGGGUCUGUGUGCGCGAAUUAAACAACUGGGGAUGUGUGUGUUGGUUGGUUCAAAAGAGCAACAUUGCCAAGACAACAACUAUUUUUUUCCUCUUUGCACAAAAAUACGACAGCAUCUCAUCAGCAUUCUGAGUAGCCCCCGGAGUCAACGCGGAUCUCUUAAAAAUAAUAAUAAUAAAAAUAAUGCAUUUGAAGUAUUUCAAAACGUCUCCGGGACAUGGUUGUGGGUUGCGUGUUGUGUGCCAUCUUCUUAAGUGGGGCAAAACACUUUUAUUGCAUCGUUUGUACGAACGCCGGGUGUCUACGCAUCAUCCGAUGAUAAAUAAAAGUCGUUUUUAAAAAGAA